AUGCUUGCAGAAAAGGAACGUAGUGGAUUGUUACGCGAAAUUGAGCAUCUGAAGUUGGCAAAUGCAGAACUGAGUAGUGAACUGGAUGCUUUUAAGCAGCACGGCAAUGAUAAAAGAAACGGAUCGCCCGAUGUCAAAAGAAAGGUAAGCGAAUUAAUGGCCGAGAAUGCCCGUCUGGCGGGUGAACUGUUAAGGGAACAGAGUGGACUGAGCGAAAGGGACAGCGAUCAAAAGCAGGAAGUUAAAAAGCUUUUGGAGGAACGCGAAGCAGUUUGGAAAAGCAGGGAGCAGUCGUUACGACAGGAACAGGAUCAGGCUCUAAUGAAGCAGAAGCAAGAAUUCGAACAUCGCUUAAAACAGCACGAUGAAAAAUGGAUGGUGAAAUCUCGCGAGCAGUUCAGUGAUCUAGAAGAAACUGUAAGCAGACUGACUAUCGAAAAUAAGAAGCUGACUGGCGAAAAUGAUAAAUUGGGCGCUGUAGUAAAGGAAAUGCAAGGAAUAAGGGAACGUGAUGAAAGGUUUACACGCAUAUUUUUUUUUUAUUUUCAUCGUUUUUCGAAAAGAUUGGAGAAGGCGAGGCCUCUGUAG